GGAGGAGAGCUUCCUGCAGGGCUGGCAGAUGAGCAAAGCCUGUGGAGGAACCUCCUCUUCUCCUUGCUUGUGGCGUCCUGCUCCCCACCACUGCUGGAGAAGCAAGAUGAAGUGGAGGACUGCGAUCUUUGCCAUCCUCCAGGCACAGCUCCCAGACACAGAUGCUGUACCAGUUCUUGGGCUGACAGACCCAAGACUCUGCUACUUACUGGAUGGAUUCCUCUUCAUUUAUGCAGUCGUCAUAACAGCUCUGUUUGUGAAGGCAAAGCUUAGCCAGGCCUCUGAAUAUCAGCUGCAACCAGGCCAGGAUGAUGUGUAUAAUAAACUGUCUCGAGGGCACAGAGAUGAAUAUGAUGUUCUGGGGGCAAAGCGAGGUCCAGACCCUGAGCUGGGUGGGAGACACCAGCAGAGAAGAAAGAACCCUCAGGACACCGUCUACACUUCGCUGCAGAAGGACAAGAUGGGAGAGGCAUACAGUGAAAUUGGAAUGAAGGGUGAGCAGCAGAGACGGCGAGGCAAAGGGAAUGAUGGCAUCUACCAGGGACUCAGUACAGCAACCAAGGACACGUAUGAUGCUCUUCAGAUGCAGCCUUUACCCCGCCGCUAAGUGGGAAUCACAGAGGGGUGGGCAGAGUGCAAGAUGCCCACCUGCUUUGGGGAGAGGAGGGGAAGAGGGACAGCCUUUUCCAUCCACAAUAAGCACCGUGUGUUUUCUCAGUGCAACAACCUACUGGUUGGUGCAGAGAGAGUAUGGCUGGGCUUGGUCAGUCCCUUCUCCCUUCCCUCCUGAACCAUAUAACCACAGGCUUUAGCUAGUAAAAUGUACAUACCUGUAAAGUUGAUUCCAGUAACAGUGGUUAUUAGGCUAAUUUUUGAGAGAUUCAUGUUGUGGGACCAGCCCACACCUACUAACACAGCUGUUUCCAUUGCUCUUACUCACCUUCCAGGAGUAUCAAGAUGAGUAAUUAUGGUUUUAGUGCAUUUAAAGAACUUGUAAAGAUAGGACUGUAGUUAUUUCCUUUAGUAUUUAUCUUAAGCCUAUUUGACACAGGCCAGAUAAACUUCCUGCUUUAAAUCUACCUUUUAAAAACUGCUUCAGUGGAAGACAACUUUUUAAACAGUAAAAAGCGAGGUAGUGUUGCUGUAGCAAAGGACAGCAGCUGAAUGGCAGCUUUGCAAUGUGAAGAAAACACACUAAGCUCCAAGAAAACAUCUAGCACUGGCAUUGCCACUCAUCUGGGACUUGGAGCGAAACAGGAGCCUGCAUAAAAGACUUCUCAGAAUGCAGACGAUUCCUUGUUACAACAAAGCCAGGAGAACAGGCCUGUAUAAAGACAGUAAUAUUAGAAAAGCCAGGAAAACUUGCCCUGGAGAAUCCCAUUUGGCUGAAGGGCUUUACCUAUCACUGCAGACGAGGGCCCCCUUGCAAGGAUUGGGCUGGGAACUGUCAUGUCAAAACCAGUCCCAAAUUAUCACUUCUGGCCAACAAAAACUGUACAAAAGCCACUGUAAAUGCAGUUUCCAAAACAGUCCAUCACCAAGUUACCUCUAAAAGCACUGCAGCUGUCAUUCCAAAGCGAUACCGGUUCAAUCAUGUAUUUUCGAGGAAUUAAUAAAGUUUGUCAUAGACC